UCGCGCAGCGAUGGCGGAGGCCGUGGAGCGCACUGACGAGCUGGUCCGCGAGUACCUGCUCUUCCGCGGUUUCACGUACACCUUGCGGCAGCUGGAAGCCGAGAUCAAGGCGGACAAGGAGAAGGGGUUCCGGGUGGACAAGAUUGUGGACCAGCUGCAGCAGUUAAUGCAGGUGUAUGAUUUGGCUGCCCUGCGGGAUUAUUGGAGCUACCUGGAGCGGCGGCUGUUCAGCCGCUUGGAGGAUAUAUAUAGACCUACCAUCAACAAGCUGAAAACCAGCCUGUUCCGCUUUUAUCUAGUCUACACAAUUCAGACAAACAGAAAUGACAAGGCUCAGGAGUUCUUUGCAAAGCAGUCCACGGAGCUCCAGAACCAGGCUGAGUGGAAGGAUUGGUUUGUCCUGCCCUUCCUGCCAUCUCCAGACACCAACCCCACCUUUGCUACCUACUUUUCUCGACAGUGGGCUGACACCUUCAUCGUGUCCCUGCACAACUUCCUGAGUGUCCUGUUUCAUUGCAUGCCAGUUCCCGUGAUCCUGAACUUUGAUGCGGAGUGCCAGAGGACCAACCAGGUUCAAGAAGAAAAUGAAGUUCUGCGUCAGAAGCUUUUUGCAUUGCAAGCUGAAAUCCACCGACUAAAGAAGGAGGAGCAACAGCCAGAAGAGGAAGAGACCUUAGUCCAGCACAAGUUGCCUCCUUACGUCUCUAACAUGGACCGCCUGGGGGACUCGGAACUAGCCAUGGUGUGCAGCCAGAGGAACACUUCCCUCUCCCAGUCACCUCGCGUGGGCUUCCUGUCCUCACUGCUGCCUCAGAGUAAGAAGAGCCCCUCAAAGUUAUCACCUGCCCAGGGCCCCGCUCAGGCUCAGAGCUCGGCCAAGAAAGAGUCUGUCAGUAGUCAGACCGCUAAGGCGAAGGACCCAGUGUGUGGACCCAAGGACGGAAAGAGCCUCUUCAGUGGGCUGGCCACUGGGGAGUCCAGCUGGUCACAGCACCGUCAGCGGCGCCUGCAGGAUCACGGCAAGGAAAGGAAGGAGCUUUUGUCUCUGACGUUGCAGUGUGCGGAGAAGAAGCCUGAAGCUUGCGGCCCGGACCCAGAGCCCUGCCCAGAGCUCCACAUGGAGGCGCUGGAGACACUGACGCGGGCCGCCUCGGCCGGCCCCGAGGGUGGAGGGGUUCGCCCUGAGCAGCCGUUCAUUGUGCUGGGGCAGGAGGAGUACGGGGAACACCACUCCUCCAUCAUGCACUGCAGAGUGGAUUGCUCGGGGAGGAGGGUUGCCAGCUUAGAUGUAGACGGGGUCAUCAAAGUGUGGUCCUUCAACCCCAUCAUGCAGACCAAAGCGUCGUCCAUUUCCAAGUCACCGCUGCUGUCUUUAGAGUGGGCCACCAAGCGGGACCGGCUGCUCUUGCUGGGCAGUGGUGUGGGGACAGUGCGCCUUUAUGACACAGAAGCCAAGAAGAACCUCUGUGAAAUCAACAUCAACGACGACAUGCCCAGAAUCCUGUCUCUCGCCUGCAGCCCCAACGGGGCCUCUUUCGUCUGUUCGGCUGCAGCUCCGAGCCUCGCAUCCCAGGUGGACUUCUCAGCACUGGACAUCGGCAGCAAGGGCACCAACCAGGUUCCUGGCAAGCUGCUGCUGUGGGACACGAAAACCAUGAAGCAGCAGCUCCAGUUCUCCCUGGAUCCAGGGCCCAUUGCUAUCAACUGCACAGCCUUCAACCACAAUGGCAACCUGCUGGUCACAGGGGCGGCGGACGGCGUCAUCCGGCUGUUUGACAUGCAGCAGCACGAGUGCGCCAUGAGCUGGAAGGCCCACUGCGGGGAGGUGUGCUCUGUGGAGUUCAGCUAUGACGAGAACGCCGUGUACAGCAUCGGCGAGGACGGGAAGUUCAUACAGUGGAACAUUCACAAGAGUGGACUGAAGGUGUCCGAGUUCGGGCUCCCCGCGGAUGCCACGGGCCCCUUCGUGCUGUCUGGUUACAGCGGCUACAAGCAGGUUCAAGUUCCCCGGGGCCGGCUCUUCGCUUUUGACUCGGAGGGAAAUUACAUGCUGACGUGUUCUGCCACUGGGGGCGUCAUCUACAAGCUGGGUGGGGACGAGAAGGCUCUGGAGAGCUGCUUGAGCCUAGGUGGCCACCGAGCCCCGGUGGUCACCGUGGACUGGAGCACAGCGAUGGACUGCGGGACCUGCCUCACUGCCUCCAUGGAUGGCAAGAUCAAGCUGACCACGCUCCUGGCCCAUAAAGUCUGAUGGGACCCGCCCCUAAGGACUUCCACGGAAGCAGUAUUAUCCUGGGAGUGGGGAGACAUGAGACAGGAAGACAGGAAGCUCCACUUCCGGCUCCCUGCCAGGGCGAGGAAUCUUCAGGGAAAGGCUGUUUGGGGCCCAGGCCGCUGCCCAGCCACAGUGACUGGAACAGGAGCCACAUGGAGUGGCCCGUGCGCCCCAGAGGCUACUCCAGACAGCGGGCGGAAAGCUCAGCAAGGAGCAUUGUUAUGGCUGCUCUGUUGGCCCAGGAGAGAUGGACAGUAUUUUGUAUAUUUGCUCAGUUUUCUUCUUUUUAAAAAAAAAAAAAAAAAAAUGUGCUCUCAUGGUUAGCUGGCGUGUCUUUCUGGGAUGUGUGCGUGCAGCAGGGUGCCUCCCCUCACCCUUUGCCCGUGACGGUCAGCUGUGAGCCCAGGUCCCACACCCAAGUUCUGACUUCAAACAGCCCCAGCGGAUGUUUGCUUGUUGCUCUGCUCUAGUCUAGGAGGAUGCCCUCUCUUCCAUUCCACUGGUGACUACGGUUUGUGCUGUUCCUGAUUCUUUGGGCCGAAGACAAGGCCAUAGCAGUUCUGUUUUCCCUGAGAGUUGGCGGCUUCUGUUACAGAAGCUUCUUUGGAUUAGGGCAGGGUCUGAGGCUUCUGCUCCUGCUGCCCCUCUCCACCUGGUGGCUCUGGUUUUCCAGGACCUCUGUGGUUGGUCCUCUCAUUGGCUUCACAUCCUUGAGGUUGAAUGGAGCCCGCCGCCAGCGCCCUCUGCUGGUGAAUGGCAAGAGGACUGGAUCGAGUUGGACAAGUUCAUCCCCACUGUGCCCACAGCCCUGCCUGUGGCCUGCCUUCUGCUCCCUGGCCAGGGUGGAAUCUUGAAAAGUCAGAUGCUCUCACAAGGUGAGGGAGAACGAGACAAUGGCUCCCCUUCUCCCACUUCCAUUUCUUUUUUUUUUAAUCCUCACCCGAGGACACCUUCCCAUUUUUUU